AUGCUUCCGCCACUGAGUCUGGUCUACCAGGUUCUGUCCAACCCUCAGUCACCACCAUCAACUCUCCCUCUACAAAAGCAACAGAAGCACGACUGUUAUCUUCUCAACCUCCCUACCGAUGUUCUACAGUUGAUCGACAAACACCUUCCUUACAGCAGCCGAGUAUGUACCCGAUUAACAUGCUCAGCCUUGUACAACUCGCUCAAAAACCCAGUCAAUUGCCCUUAUUACUGUGAGCACCUUGAGUGUCUCGCUCUGAUUUGUCGACACCGACCUGACUGCUGGCUGGUUGAAACAAGGCCGUAUAUCAGAGAUGUACUGGAAAGCGAUAUGCCCAAUCCACCAAAAGUUCGUCCAGAGACUGGAUGUCCGUCAUGGUCGGAGGAGGCGAUAUACUUGUUUCAGCGCGGUGCCUUGAUGGCCGAGUUUAAGCACGUUCGGCUUGCCAUCGGAUACAGCCAACUCGAAACGAAGACCUGCCAGCAAGCGAGAUAUCUCAAACUCCUGUUGGAACCGUACAGAACGGUGUUCAAACCUGACUACAUGCCCGGUCCCCUGGGCAAAGCCCUGGAGUUGGGUUACUUCAAGCAGUACCCCAAAGUCGUCUCUGGCAGGUAUCUAACCUUUAGUCAGCGGCGUUUCAUAAACAAUCGCAACUAUACACCAGUGGAACUGUAUAAACUUGGAUGCUUUGGGGCAUGCAAGCAUCAAUACACAAAGCCAGAGCGAUACGAAGAUUUCCUGGCACGCCAGAGCCAGGCUAUGUGGAAGCGCUUCACCGAUGAUCAGACAGGUCCUAAGGGGCCGAAUCGGCGGCAUCCCGAGUGCAGCGAUCCUUUUUAUGAAUGCUUACGAAAUGCAUACUAUAUGCAUGGAAUUUGGUUCGAUGAUUUGUGUCCUUGGUGUCUUACUGAGUUUUCAGUGUGUGUAACAAAAUCAGGAGACCUGGUUAUAAACACUUGGAGAGAUUUGGGGAAUGCUGAUACACCUAUGAACAAUGACUGGUGGAACCAUCUUGACUAUUUCCCGCAUGCGAGAUGCGAUACUGGGCGAAAUCCUUGGGUAAUUCGAACUCGCUACGGGAAUGUUGAUGGGGGGUGUUUGGUUUUCUGA